UGGCUGUGACCGCUGCCCGCUGUGCCCACUGUGCCCCGAAGCCUCCGUGGGAGCCAGCUGUGCCCUGUCCGGAGCGCGGGAGGAAGACUCACUCCCCUUCCCAGAUCGCCCCCUUCCCGCCGUCCCCUCCCCCCACGGCAGCUGCUUGUUCGGGGAUCCCCGUUCUCAGAGGACCGUUUUGGGGGUGCCCUUCCUGCUUCCCACUGCCUCCGACCCCUCACAGUCCUGGAGAUCCCAGGAAGGGGCCGAGGACGCUGAACUUUCCCGGGCCCUCGCCGGCAUGCGGAAGCGGGCGGGCCUUGAGUCCAGAUGUCCGAGCUAGGCUUGGAGAACCCGUUGCUACGCUCCGGGCCCUGGAAGUGGGGGCGAUGCUCUCCCUCCCCAAACCUGAUCCCUCAGCCCUGCCGUUCUGGGCUUCGUCCAGUGACCUGCUCAAUUUCUCGUACACUCCUGGCGGCUAGAGAGUUUCAUCGUUGUUCUUAUUCCCAGUGUGCAAACCUGGAAGGUGGCCGGCAGGAUGACCACCCUCACCCGGCAGGACCUUAAUUUUGGACAAGUUGUGGCUGAUGUUCUCUGUGAAUUCUUGGAAGUGGCUGUGCAUCUCAUUCUCUAUGUCCGAGAAGUUUACCCUAUUGGAAUCUUUCAGAAGAGGAAGAAAUACAAUGUUCCUGUCCAGAUGUCCUGCCAUCCGGAGCUGAAUCAGUACAUUCAAGAUACCCUUCACUGUGUAAAGCCCCUGCUGGAGAAGAAUGAUGUGGAGAAGGUCGUGGUGGUGAUUUUGGACAAAGAGCACCACCCAGUGGAGAGAUUCGUUUUUGAAAUCACUCAGCCUCCCUUGCUUUCUAUCAGCUCAGACUCUCUCCUGUCUCACGUGGAGCAGCUCCUUCGGGCCUUUAUCCUGAAGAUCAGUGUCUGUGAUGCCGUCCUGGACCACAACCCCCCAGGCUGUACCUUCACUGUCUUGGUCCACACACGGGAAGCAGCCACACGAAACAUGGAGAAGAUUCAGGUGAUCAAGGACUUCCCCUGGAUCUUGGCAGAUGAGCAAGAUGUGCACAUGCAUGAUCCCCGGCUAAUCCCACUGAAGACCAUGACCUCAGACAUUUUAAAGGUGAGGCUGGGUGGGAAGGCCACCAUGAAACCUAGAUGUUGGCAGAUAGGGCUUGGGGCUGUGAGCAGCACUGAGCAGAGGCAGCCCUAGGAGACCACCUAAGCUGCCUUUGUUGAAGGCUUUGGAAGAAUGGUCCAGUCACACUCAGAGCAGCAGCCUGACCUGUCUCAUCUUGACUGGCCAAGGGCACCUUGGGCAAGCUCCAUAGCCUGGGCAGAGAGUGAGCAGGCUACAGGCAGCCCGUGGCUAUGCCUUCUGAUCGCUCACCCCAUUUUGAUCCUUGUGCAGGAUCAUAAUGACCAGCUGGUCCAACCCUGUCCCCCAAAAGCCUCCAAUUGGUCUUGCUUGAAGAGUGCUAAGAGUGCAGCCUGUGCCACUUUUGAAUGACCCCCACUAAGGGUUUUUUUCCUGCUGCCAAGGCCAAAUUCUCUUCUCUCUACUAACUUCUAACCCUUGCUCUCUGGCAGCAAAUGGGAAAAGAUUUUUCCUUCUUUCAAGUAGGAUUUGUGUAACCCAAGGCAAGUGCUUUCUCCUUUGAGCCAUAGUGUUCCCAUCUGUGAAAUAGUGAUAAUAAAAUGCCACAGAAACUUGACUUUUAACCAUCUAUCAUGGUUUCCUUC